AUGUUACCCGUUGAUAUUGUGUCAACCUUGCCACCGACACCGACACCUACACCCUCGGAUUCGACCUUCUCGUCCGCGCCACCGUCGUCGACCACUUCGUCGCCGCGCUCGAGCUGCGCUGAUUCACUGCCACUCGAGGACAACGACCUGCGACAAGCACCCCCGCUCACGCUCGCACGUCGUGACUCUGCCUCGCCCGACGCUGCGGCCUCGACCUCGUCGUCCUCGGGCCGUGGGUUCAACUACGAGGGCGAUUCGACGGCCUCCAACUCGUCCGACUCGUACGACUCGGGCAAUGAGGCGACGACACUAGCCAACUCGUCGAGCGCCACCGCGCGCACCAGUCCAUCAUCGAGGCGGUACCACCAUGCCCCGGCCUCGGCGACUUCGACCGCGGCGGACCAUGUCGCUUCCUUCGCAGCUCUAUCGCGACAAGGUUCGAGCUCGUACAUGGGCAGCGCCCACGCUUCGUUGGAAACGGGCACACCGCGGUUAGGCGCCCCGGGCUACCUCUACGGCUCGCCGAAUCUGAACCGAGCCGCCGCGCUACAACACUACGCCCAUGCGCACUGGACCGACGAGGGCAACUACUUCUCCGCCGCGACGAGUCGUGCCCACAGCCCUGGACCCGACAUGGAUGCGUUCCCGUCGCACCGCGUCAUCUCGCGGAAUCGCAGCCGAGGGCCUUCCGGCGCGACCACACCCGUGCACGAGGACAAGGAGUCGAGUGAGUACAACCUCAAGCCGAUUUUUGUCGCCAGGAGGACCCAUGUUGAAACAGUUCAUUCUUCUUCCUACAGUCAACUACAACACACAUCAUCAUCAGACGUCGCUCCUGCUCUCCGAGUGGGCCGGCACGAUAAAAGCCGAUGGAUCGCCCGUGCUCGGCAGCCAGAAGAAGAGGAGAUCGGGGUGGUGGGGGCGAAGAUCAUCGGACGCACGGCGGAAGAACAGCGUCAGCGCGAGAUCAUCCUACAGCAGUGUUGCGACGCCGCCGUCACAUUCGCCGAAUGCCUCGCUCCUCCCGACGUCGACGUCGAAAGCGAAUCGAAACCGGACGUGUCUCUCCGCAUUCGGCGCCGCGCUACUACGACAGCCAUGGGUCCCCACGCAGCCACUAACGAUUCUCUUUGCACUUGUGCUUAUCGGAUGUUUCGUCGCGAGCCUGACGACCUUCCUCGUGACCAUCUUACGCGGCGAUCGUGAGCCGCUACCUUACCGCCAAUACAUUCAAGAGUCACGCCCCUUCCCCCACGAUCUGUGCGAUUCUCUCAAGCCCGUCUCUGUUUUUGUUGGCAUCUUCUCCGUCGCCGCCGCUGCCGAUCGACGCAACAUCAUCCGCCAGACCUCGGCCAAACUCACAAAGCCGAUUGACCCGAGGACGGGUGGACCAUCGACGGACGUGCAGGUCAAAUUCAUUCUCGGCCGACCACCCAAGAAGUGGGCCAAACGCAUCGCUCUUGAGAUGGAGAUGUAUAAUGACGUUGUCGUACUCGAUAUCGACGAGAACAUGAACCGAGGCAAGACAUGGAAGUAUUUUGAGUGGGCCGCCGAGAAUGCAACCGUGCCGGUGUAUUAUCGAACGGGGGAGGGCGCGAAAACCCAGAUCGGCGUCGGCUUCAAGAAGGUCGACUAUGUCGCCAAAUCGGACGACGACGCGUUCAUCAACCUGAGCGAGCUGGAGCGGCAUCUCCGCGUGUCACCGAGGGAGAAGACCUACUGGGGCUGUGAGUUUAAAGUUGGACUUCGUCUGGAAUCCAGAGUGUUGCCCUGUGCUGACUCUAUUCUCCGACAGAUCUUAUCCGCAACUUAUUCAUGGCCGGCGAGUUGUACGCCGUGUCGCAGGAUUUGGUGCAAUACGUCGCCACUUAUGCUCCGAUCCGGCAACAUACCUUUGGUGCCGAGGACCAGCGCUUCGCCAAGUGGAUGCGCAUGCACCCGAACGCGUCGACCAUCAACUGGGUAUCCGAACGGGUCUGGAUUUACGACUUCCCCAAAGCCCCGACGGUGUACGCCCAUGGCUUCUUAUUUCCCGACGAGUUCGAACGCAUUAGGCUUGAAGGACGCCGCGGGAUCAGCGAGGAGGAGCGCAUUAAGCGUGGUGGAGAGCUCAGCCAGGCUUACUCGACCGUCACCAAGUGGAGGCAGGAGUACGUUCCUCCGGUCAAGGGCUUGUCGAUGGAGGAACAGGUCGAGGCUUUGGUCGAGGGAGGUGGGCGAUGGUCGCACCAGGGCUGGCGAUCCGACAAUGGGCGAGGGCCAGAGGCCGUGCGUUGGGAUGCGGUCGUGUUCCAGAAGGACGACACUCGCCUCGUCGACUCUCGGAUGGACCGACUGGGUGCUGCUCCUGACUCGAACGCGACGGGCGUUAAAGCUGGCGUGCCGGAUGCGACCCAGGUUCUGCCGAGCGUGAGGACGACCAAGUUCGCCAAGGAUCUGUUCCGUGAUCCCGAGGGCGUUGCUGCGGUCCAAAAAUCGGCAAAGCGCUCGCUCGUUAAGCGCGGACUCGACGUCGACGACGGCGCUCACAGUGUCGAAGUCGAGAUCCACAACUCUGUGAUCCCGGACGUCGACUGGCCCGCCGAAACCAUGGUCUUGUCCUCACCUGCAUCCCAAACCAGCGGCGGGGCCACCGUGCCCUCCGGCUCGACCGACAACACCUCUUUACCUUCGUCUCCGUCUGCGCCCUCUACCCCUGCCGACGCCGACUCCACCGCCCUGGUGACCUCGGCGGAUCCUGCCUAUGAUCCUCGCAACGAGCCGACCGAGCAGAUCCGCAUCGGCGGCCACCACUACAUUAUUCCGUCUGAGCACCGAUUGGUCCCCCCACCGACCCACCGCUUCGACGCUGCGGCCGUCUCGACGCGUCAAAAGCGCAUGCUCGGCCGCGCUCACGGUGGCACCGUUGCCGUCCACUACAUCAAGUACAACGAGUGGUUUUACGAGACUGCACUCGCUCUGUUAGGGCGGGAAAAGAUGUGGGACCACGGCUACGAUACGGCGGCGAUGGCGUCGUUUGGCGAUGUCACGAGCUCGGGGAUGUCCUCCGUCGCCUCGGUCGAGGUGUCGCGCCUCCCCGUGUGGACCGGAGCGGGCUUGGUCGAACAGGUCGAGUCGUACUGGGGUGGCGCCAGGAUGUAUGGCUCCCCGAUCGUACGAGACGAUGGCUCGAUCGUCGAGGGUCGACCGGCUGAACCAAGGCGCGAGGUUGUGCAGAACUUGCCCGAUAGCACAAUGGCGCGUUUCGGCGGGAGGAGGACUACUUCGGCGGUGUCGUUCGCUGUUGCCCUCGAGGAAGGCGUCGAGGCCAAGAUUGGUGGUGACGUUAAUCAACCGAGUGCUGUGCUCGAGGUCAAGAUGACCCAGGAACCGACAUCAUCAUCGCCACCGACCGCUUCGAGCGAACUCGUCGACAACGUACUCGUGCUCCAAGAGGGAUAA